AGGAAACGACAGCACUCCAGAAGGUGUAAAGCAAUUUUAGGCAUAUAUACCAACCUACAUAUUCCCCCUCGCGCCUUUGGCCUAAUUACAACUCUACCCCGAGAAUAAUCUAUUUUUCUCCUCACUGUUCUCAAUAUAUCUCGUAAUUUUAUCAAUCAACAAGGGCAUUUUCAGCACUUCCUCCCUCUUCCACCAGCUCGCCACCUUCUUCCUCCAAAUUCUCCAUUAUCACACACAUCAAUACGUCGACGUUUUGAUAUUUGUACGAUGCCGGAGAUAGAAAGGCAUAGAACAAGGCAUAACCGACCGGCGAUUCGAGAACCGGUGAAACCGAGAGUACCACUGAGACUAUUGUUCCGAGUAGCUUCGGUUGCCGGUGGAAUUCAAUUCGGUUGGGCGUUACAACUAUCACUGCUCACACCUUAUGUGCAAGAGCUUGGAAUACCGCAUGCUUGGGCGAGCAUAAUAUGGCUCUGUGGACCGCUUUCAGGUUUACUGGUUCAGCCUUUAGUAGGUCACAUGAGUGACAAGUGCACAAGUCGGUUCGGUCGUCGGCGUCCGUUUAUUGUCGCCGGAGCUGUAUCGAUCAUGAUUGCGGUGUUGAUUAUCGGUUUCUCCGCUGAUAUUGGAUGGCUUUUAGGUGAUCGAGGUGAAAUAAAAGUGCGUGCUAUAGCGGCGUUUGUCGUAGGGUUUUGGCUUCUCGAUGUUGCUAAUAAUAUGACUCAAGGACCUUGCAGAGCUCUGCUUGCUGAUCUUACACAAAAGGAUCAUAGAAGAACUCGGGUAGCAAAUGCAUAUUUUUCCUUAUUUAUGGCCAUUGGUAACAUCCUUGGCUUUGCUACUGGAUCUUACAGUGGCUGGUUCAAGAUCUUCCCUUUUACUCUCAAUACUGCAUGCACCAUCAACUGUGCCAAUCUAAAGGCUGCUUUUAUUAUCGACAUUAUUUUUAUUGCAACAACUACAUGCAUUAGCAUAUCAGCGGCCAAUGAGCAGCCUCUAGAUCCCAGUCGUGAUUCCUCUCAUACCAGAGAAGAGAUUGGUGAAUCAAGCCAUGGUCAAGAAGAAGCUUUUCUCUGGGAGUUGUUUGGAAUUUUCAAGUAUUUCCCAGGUGUUGUUUGGGUGAUCCUGCUUGUCACUGCCCUGACUUGGAUUGGAUGGUUUCCGUUUCUUUUGUUCGAUACUGACUGGUUUGGUCGAGAAAUUUAUGGCGGUGAACCAAAUGAUGGAAAGAAUUAUAGUGCAGGAGUGCGAAUGGGUUCAUUGGGUCUAACGUUGAAUUCUGUGCUUCUUGGACUAACUUCAUUGUUCAUGGAGAAGCUCUGUCGAAAAUGGGGAGCUGGUUUCACAUGGGGAGUUUCAAACGUGGUCAUGUCUCUCUGUUUUAUAGCCAUGCUUAUAAUUACUGCCGCUAGGAGUAACAUAGACAUUGGCCAGGGUCUUCCACCGGAUGGCAUUGUGAUUGCUGCGCUGGUUGUAUUUUCUAUUCUUGGGAUCCCACUAGCUAUAACAUACAGUGUUCCAUACGCUUUAGUAUCCUCAAGGAUUGAUGCUCUUGGGCUUGGACAAGGCUUGUCAAUGGGUGUGCUGAACCUGGCAAUUGUGUUCCCACAGAUUGUGGUUUCUCUGGGAAGUGGGCCAUGGGAUGAGCUAUUUGGUGGAGGCAAUUCACCAGCCUUUGUUGUGGCUGCGCUUUCAGCAUUUGCUGGUGGACUUAUAGCCAUCUUGGCGAUUCCUCGAACACGGGUUGAGAAACCCAAGAUCUUUGCAUGAGGCUAUUUUGUCAUAUUGGAAGAUGAGAUUGAUGGUGGUGGUAAUUGUCCACAUUGUCCCUGGCAGCCACUUGAUAUUUCUGUUGUGGCCGUUUUGAGUAUUGCUCAAUCUGAAUGCUGAAGAAUUCGCGGAGGUAUACUGUUGUAUUCUAUUUUUUUUGAAUUUUAUGAUCAACCCGCAAUUUGCAUUACCUUUUUGUAAAUAUAGCUCUUCCACUCACUUGGUACUGAUUCUAGCAUUCAAGAUUGCUUUUCAUGUUCAUCAUUUAUUUACUUAGUUACUCAAAUUUAGCCACUGAACAAUUUUCUGUUUGGUGUUUCUCCACUUUCUAGAUAAAGCAAAUCUCAAAUAUCA